AUUUUGCGUAGUAAGUGCUGCCGUGGUGAAUAGGCUCCAUGAAAGUAGGAAAGCAGCCGAAAAAGAAUGGUGAAUACCAGACAUAGGUCGGAAAAUCGACCAGAAGUUCAAUUUUUAUCGAACGAAGAUUUUGAAAGGAAACAUGCUGCGCACUGUGAGGAAAGUGAUGAAAGUAGUGGUGUUGUUGACUUCUCCCCAAGGAGUCUCAGAAAAUCGACAAGUAAGAAGACUGGAGCAGCCACCAGGCGCAGGUUUGUGAUAGAUGAUGAUGAUCCAACAGAUGAAGAAAGCAACAUUGAAUCUCAUCAAACACCAUCAGUGAAAUCAUCCCUUCGUAGAUGUCACCCAGCCGUAGAGAAGGAAGAAGUGACAGUGCGUCGCAGUAGCAGACAGAGGAAAUUACUGUAUGGAACAUUUGAUCCGAAGAUCCUAGAAAGGGCUCUCUAUGUUGAUAAACAAAGCUAUGAACAUGAAGAGGACAACCCCAGAAAGAAGAGAAGGGUGGAAGAAACAAAUGAUGUUGACAUCGAGGACAUGGAGGAAAGCAUGUACAGCCGUGUGAAGCGGGUGAGAAAACCGGUGAAGAGAGAUAUGUAUGGCAUGCCUGUACAUGAGACAUCGGAGAGUGAGUCUAGUGAAGAUGAAAAUGCUGAAGAUGGUGACGAAGAGGAUAAUGAAAAUAAUGAAGAAGAUGAAGAUGAUGAUGAAGAAGAGGAUGAUGAAGAAAAGGAAAAAAAAUCUGAUAAAUCGCAGAGACGUUCAUAUUACCUCAGGGAACACAAACCCAGAACACAGCUGUUCGAAGUGCCAAUAGAGGAAAGGCGACGUAGAAAACCCACAAUAUUUGCUGAAACACCUGAUUCACCUGUUAGACGAAAGAAACACUCUCCUGUCUACCGUUCACCUGCUCACAGACGAGUCAAUCUCAGAAGAAAGAGAGCUUUUCAUGGUAGUUCCAGUACCUCCUCCUCCUCCUCGGGAUCUAGCAGCGAUGAGGGGCAUUUUCAGAGAAGGAAGACAAAGAGUAUGGCUAGAGCAAGAAAUCAACUUUUGCCCAUGAACCUGGCCGACAAGGACGUUGUAGGGACCAUGAAGGACCGGCAGAGGAUUGGGGCCAGUCUGGCAGAUGUUGACCCCAUGACAAUUGAUAAAUCUGUGACAUUUGCCAGUGUUGGAGGCCUUGAUAAGCACAUCAGAGCACUGAAAGAAAUGGUGGUUUUCCCCCUUCUGUAUUCGGAGGUCUUUGAGAGAUUUAAGAUCGCACCUCCCAGAGGAUGUCUGUUUUAUGGCCCACCGGGCACUGGGAAAACUUUGGUAGCCAGAGCCUUGGCCAAUGAAUGCAGCAAGGGAGAUAAGCGUGUGGCUUUCUUCAUGAGGAAAGGAGCCGACUGUUUGAGUAAAUGGGUCGGGGAAUCGGAACGUCAGCUCCGUCUUCUAUUUGAUCAGGCUUAUCAGAUGCGGCCUUCCAUCAUCUUCUUUGAUGAGAUAGAUGGACUUGCACCAGUCAGAUCCAGUCGCCAGGAUCAGAUUCACAGCUCCAUUGUUUCUACACUCCUGGCUCUGAUGGAUGGACUGGACAACAGAGGGGAGAUAAUCGUGAUCGGAGCCACCAACAGAAUCGAUUCUAUCGAUCCCGCUCUCAGAAGACCAGGCAGAUUUGACAGAGAAUUUUUGUUUCCUUUACCCUCAAAAGAGGCAAGAAGGCAGAUUCUGUCCAUACACACUAAAGACUGGAAUCCUAGACUACUACCUCAGUUCAUUAACAGUGUGGCUGAUCUCUGUGUUGGCUACUGUGGGGCUGACUUGAAGGCACUGUGUACUGAAGCUACCCUGCUGGCCCUGAGACGGAGGUACCCCCAGAUCUACCAGUCCUCUGAGAAGCUUCAGAUUGAUGUGUCCAGUAUUUGUGUGAGUGCUCAGGACUUUCAAAUAGCCAUGCAGUCAAUUGUCCCUGCCUCCCAGCGAUGUGUGGCAUCCCCUGGAAAAGCUCUCAGCUGUCACAUUCAGCCGCUGCUGCAAAAUGUACUGUUGGCUGCACUGGAAACUUUACAUAAAGUAUUUCCUCUCAGUAUUGCUCAAGCAUCAACUCAGGACCCUAAAAGUCAGACUCAGGGACUGGACGAUGAGUGGACUGAUGAUGAGAAUCACGAGGGUCUAACAAUAUAUGAGGGAAAGAGGAGAAAUCGAGUCACUGAUGAAGAAUUCAUGAAAAAUCUGAUCAGUUUCUCCAGCAAGAAGCCGUGCUUGUAUCGCCCCCGUUUGAUAUUGGAGGGACCUGCAGGGAGGGGACAGACCACACACCUGGGUCCCGCUCUGUUACAUCACCUGGAACAUCUGUCUGUUCAUUUGUUGGAUUUAUCCACCAUGUUCUGUGUAUCCACCAGGAGCCCGGAGGAAGCCUGUGCUCAUGUGUUUCGUGAGGCCAUGAGAACCUCGCCUUGUAUUGUUUACAUGCCCCGUAUGAACCAAUGGUGGGAUGUUCUCUCUGAAUCCAUGAGAACCACUCUCUUAACCACAAUACAAAACCUGGACCCUUCAUCAGCAGUCCUGCUCCUAGCAACCAGUGAAGAACCCCUCAAACAGAUAGACCCCUGGGUUCAGGGCAUAUUUGGACAGCAAAGUGGGGAGGUGAUACAUGUUGACAAUCCAUCAAAGGAGGAGAGGAGAGAAUUCUUCCAGGAUCUGCUUCUCAAUCAGACCGUGAAGAUCAAGACUGUGAGGAAAACGAGAGCCAGGGAUUUAGAGAUCCUACCCAAGGCACCUCCCCCUAUUCCCAGAAAACUGACAGACAGGGAGCUUAAGGCAGUGAGAGACAAAGAAGAAAGUACACUAAGGGAGUUACGUAUAUUCCUUAGAGAAGUUGUUAACAAAGUGGUGAAAGACAGGAAAUUCUACAUCUUUGCUCGCCCUGUAGAUAUCGAAGAGGUGCCAGACUACUAUGAAGUGAUCUCCAGACCCAUGGAUCUCUCCACCAUGAUGUCCAAGAUCGACAUGCAUCAGUAUCAGACUGGCAAGGAGUUCUUAAGCGACGUGGAUCUAAUCUGUAGUAACGCCCUGGAAUACAACCCCAACAAAGACACUGCUAGUCGAGCCAUUCGCCACAGAGCCUGUGCACUGAGGGACACAUUCCAUGCCAUCAUUGGAACAGAGCUGGAUCCAGAAUUUGAGAAACAGUGUGAGGAGAUUGCUGAAUCAAGGAAGAAUAGAGGAGAAACUGAGACCCACAAUGUUCCUGCCUAUUACAUUACCAAGUCGAUGGUAGCUAAUCAGGAGAGGUACAGUCGCCGGGUCAGGGGACUGGACAUUGAACCUCAUCAGGAGUUAGAAAAGGUAGAAAAACAGUGGUCUGAUGAGAAGAGGAAAAAGUCACCAGUUAAAAAUAAAGACCAAGAAGGAGAGGGGCCAUCAAAUGAUCACACCAUAGAAAUCAAAAAUACAACCUCACCGAAACUGAUACCCAAAACAGCAUUGUUUACUAGAGCAUCAUUCACUGUGACUCCUAAAAAACCAAAGAGGAGGGAAGUGUGGAGUUACACAAAGAGAAAAAAGUUCAGGAGGUUUGGACGAUAUUCUUUACCCUCUGUCAAACCUCGAGUGAAGAAAAGAUUUUUGACAAAGAGCAGUCCAGAUGAAGGCUCUUUACCCCAUUCAGAGUCCCUAAAAGUGGAUGUUACAGAGUCAGAGGGGGUCAAAAGUUCCAAGUCUCCCCGAAGUCCAGUUCAGAUUUCUCCCUUUAGCAAACCAGUGAAAGCUUUGUCUCCUAGACAAGUGAGUAGUGUGUCAGAUAAGGGCGAGAAAGUUGAGGAGGGAGUUACUGUGAACACAGAUGCCCCCAAAGCCAUGGAGGUGGACAGUGGAGUGAGUAGUUCUGUGGACAGUAAUGGAGAUUCUGUAGACAGUGUGGAACAAGCCAAGCAGCUGGCCAAGCAGAAACUCCUGUCUGUUGAGGAUGUUCAUGUAGAAAUUCCUGCAGAGAAAGAAGCUCCUGUGGUGAUUCAGAAGAUGGAACCAGACAGGUCAACCAAGAUGGAGGUCAGCAAAGAGGCGUUGGAACAGCUGUUAGAAAAUGUUGUUACCUUUACCGAGGGAUUCAAUGUGGAGAGGUUGCAGAAGCUGUACAGUGUGUUCAGUCAAUGUAUCAUAAGACACAGAGACAAUCAUAAUAAAACAGACGUAAUACAGGAGUUACAAACCAUAGCAGAGAAGAGCUGCACACCGUCGUGAUAAGAAUAGAUCUGUGAAGGAAAUAUAGAUCAAUGUCUGCAUAACUACAAAAACAAUUUCCUCUUACAUUUAGGUAGCUACAAUUAUUAAGUAAAGUCAAGAAACUUAAAAAAUAAUGUUCAGAUCAACUUAGACUGGCUGUGUUUAUGCAGUGAUUAUAUGGUACCAUUCCAUUGUAUGCUUGAGUAUGCAGUAAUUGUAUGUGGACAGUUGUAUUGAGAUAUGCCUGUACAGACCCAGUGAUGUCCAGUGUGAACUAGUGUCAUACAUUGUCAGAAUAUGUUACAUUUCUCUUCCUAUUCAGUGUAAAUCCACUGUCGUUGUUAAGCAUGCAAGACCAAUGUGAUUAUAUUGUCUAGUGUUUUUGUUUAUUCUAAAUUACAGAUCAUCGAUAACCAUGACUUAAUUUCAAUGUCACGCUGCUGUGUUGUUCAAGAUGCACGUUUUCAUUGUGUAAAAUGAAAUUUGUAUUGAGAGGAAAUUAUUUAUUUUCUUACUGAAGAUAAAUGAAGAUUGUGUGUGAGAAAAAUGUAUAUGUCUGUUUAGUGGAUUAUUUUGAACUUACUCAAAGUACAAAUGUAUAACCAUAUGCAUGUAUAUAUUUUUGUAUUAUAUAUUAUUGCAUAUAUUUAGUAUUUAUUGAUUUUAAAAUGCAAACUUCACCUUUGUUAAGAUUGUAUUUAUCCCUUUUAUUCUCUGACAUGUGAAGUUCUUGAUUCAGUUCAGAAUUAUUUCUGCUUCAUUUUACUGUGAUGAUUUUACACACAUUUUCCCAGGUUUAUAUUUUACUUUUAUUUACAUGUAUGAUUUUUCUUUUUUAGAAAUGAAACAGCUGUAUCUGUGUACGUCGGAAGUUAUUUUAUAGUCACUUAUAUUCCAUGAGUACCAUAGGUACUGAGAUAUUUCAAAGUAUCUGUGGUGUCCAGGAAGAUUGUUACUUAAACCUUGAUAUAAAAUGUUUUUUCCUGGGUUAAAUUGAAUAUGUGAUUCCUUGUAAUAAAGUAAAGGUGUAAUUAAAGGGAAAAUUAAAAUAAUGAAAAAACCUACAAAAACCAAGUCAUGUUUGCAAGCCUUAAAAUGCUACCAGUAUAUGUAUAUAUACUGUAUAUAUUGUUUUAUACAGGUGAUCAUGGUUAAACAUUUGUAUGAACCGUUGUAUGUACUUGAGUUUUGCUGAUUUAAAUUUUUUUGUACUUUUUAAAGGGUUAUUAUCAAGUCAUUUUGUGUUCUAAUGAACUGAACUCCUAGUGUGUGUUAUUUAUUGUAAAAAUUUGUAUUUAUGCAUGCAUGAUCUCCAUUGUGAACGUUUAAGAUUAAUGUAUUUUCAUUGACAAUUGUGUACUUGGAGUGGUGAAUGCGGUUCAUAUACUCGCAGAAAACACAUCAAUAUUGGAUUAUUCCAUCAUCAUCAGUCUGAAUACUGCAGAGUAUUUCCAAUACAAUCAGGGACUUCAUGUCGGGGAGAAAUGCUAGAUCCGCACACACACCGCCUAACCGUGGUGAAAGUCUCAGGAACACCGCUCAAUUGUCUUAUUUAUUGUACUUACACCAAUAAAGUUUUAACAUUUGAACAAGUUA